CUCUGGAGCCGGUUGCCACCUUAGAACCUUUUUAGGUUUCCUUCUUCCGAUACCGUUUAACACCCGUCCCAUAGCAAACAUCUACACACAUUAUUAUUAUCAUCAUCCUCUUCUAGCGGAUUUACAUACAAUAGUUACAUAUUUAAAUCUUUGUGUUGUUUCGAUAAGAAACCUUUCUUACCAAAAAAUAAAAAGAAAGAAAGAAGCAAAAAAAAAAAGUGGCUAUGGACUAAGGAGAAAAUAGAAAAAGAAGGGAAGAUAACAAGGCAAGCGGCUUGUAAGAAAGUUCUUGUGGUCCCCCUUUUUUACUGGGGCCCUAAAGAGUAAAGAGCGUGGUUCGGUUUGACCAUGAACCAAACAUCGCGAACGGACGAGCCGUACGAGGGCGAAGGGCUCAACCAGAGCCCAAACGCUUUCUCGAACGACCUCGUCACCAACCAAGACCUCAACGGCAUAGCAAAUGCCAGAGAGCACAGAGGCGACAACUCGAGGAGUAUGGACGACUCUGGACAGCCCGUGGCGGAUCGAGCGCCGCCCGCCGUCGAGGAGGACCCUGAUGGUAGCGCACCGAAUCUGACCAUUGCGCAUCGUACGAUUGGUCGGAUACCUGGGAGGGCAACCAACCAGGACGACGACGCCGGUUCGACGCCAUCGCGAAAGCAGUCUUUUAUGCAGCGCAUGUGUCGAACCGUCGUCACCUUUGGCAAGUUUGUCGGACCUGGUUUUCUGGUCGCUGUAGCGUAUAUCGACCCUGGAAACUAUUCCACCGACAUCAGUGCAGGCGCUGAAAAUCAAUUUCGUCUGCUUUUUAUCAUCUUGAUGAGCAAUCUUUUCGCCAUCUUCUUGCAAUGCCUCUCGAUCAAGCUGGGAACAGUCACGGGACUCAACCUGGCUGAAGCUUGCCGGGCUUUCUUACCUAGAUGGCUUAAUUAUUUCAUGUAUUUCUUGGCCGAAGCCGCCAUUAUCGCAACUGACAUCGCCGAGGUUAUUGGUACCGCUAUUGGGUUGAACCUACUGAUACCCAAGUUGCCUCUCGUCGCCGGUUGCGCUAUAUCUAUUUUAGACGUAAUGGUCAUUCUCUUCUUCUAUAGACCUAAUGAUUCUAUUAGAGGUCUUCGAAUGUUCGAAUGUUUCGUGAUGGUCCUUGUCCUGGCUGUUGUUGUCUGCUUCUGCAUUCAGCUCUCCCUUAUAGAGGAUACAUCCGUUGGUGAAGUCUUCCUAGGCUACGUACCGAAUGAUUCCAUAACACAGUCUUCGGGUUUGUUCCAGGCCUGCGGUAUUCUAGGUGCUACUGUAAUGCCUCACUCGUUAUAUCUAGGCUCCGGUAUAGUGCAGAGUCGCCUCAAAGACUAUGACACUAAGCGUGGUCUGCUUCCCUCAGAACCACCAUCUGCUGCCAACAGCACCAUGGACGAUAAGAUAGGGGAGAAGACAUACUAUAUCCCCAGUCUUUCAGCCAUUAAACACUCGCUGAAAUAUUCGUAUGCCGAAGUGUCUCUUUCCCUCUUCACGUUCGCCCUCUUCGUGAAUAGCGCCAUUCUCAUUGUGGCAGGAGCUAGUCUUUAUCAAAAUCCCGAUGCUCUAGAGGCUGACAUUUUCGGAAUUCACGAUCUACUCGUGCAAAGUAUCAGCCCGGGCGCAGGGACAAUCUUUGCCCUGGCGCUACUAUUUUCUGGUAUCUCAGCGGGUAUCGUGUGCACGAUAUCGGGUCAAAUGAUAUGCGAGGGUGCGCUGAAUUGGAAGAUGAAGCCAUGGCUUCGACGUCUCGUCACGCGAUCCAUCUCCAUCACGCCAAGUAUCAUCAUCGCCGGUGCUGCGGGGCGGGAGAAACUUAACGCUGCUCUCAAUGGAAGUCAAGUUGCGCUGAGCGUCGUCUUGCCGUUCGUCACCGCGCCGCUUAUCUGGUUCACUUGCUUCAACAAGUACAUGACGGCCCAGCCGGGACAUGCUAGAUACAAGACGGAAGGCAAAGACACGUUCGUUAUCAACGGCAAUACCCUUAAUAUCAGCUCUAGCGAGGGUGAGCUAGGUCCUGCGAACGGAGGUAGCCCCACUAUGAUGGCCAAUCCUUGGUAUAUCUCUGUGCUCGCCGGUGUCAUCUGGCUUAUAAUGGUGGCCAUGAACGUGGCGAACCUUGUAUUGCUCGGUCUCGGCGACGCAUAGUCAACGAUUGUCCUAUCAGCCCGAUACCAUUCUGCGGACAGAAAUGCCAAAUUCCGGUCAAGGUCAAAGAUUUGCGCAUUUGAGGAAUUAGUUCAGGGUCGAAUCUCUUCGGGUACUGUUUUCGGUAUAAAUCUCUGUGGCAGUGACUUGCAUAUUCUGCACGUUACUUGCACAUCCUGCUACCGCGCUCGACAUGAGCGUUUGCGGUAAUCUGUUUCUUUCGACUUAACUUAAAUUUUGGAAUGCUUUUUUAGAAUAUAUUGAGAAAUAUGACUUGACGCAGUCAGACGGAGAUAUAUUGAAUUGAAUUGAAGUUGCACGUGUCGUGGAAAAAGUAA